AUGAUUUCAUCAACCGAUUCAUCGGCACAAACGCAAGAAGUAAAAAAAACUAAGAAAAAACCAUAUCGUAUGGCUGACGAGGCGACGUCGGACUGCUUGUUCGAGCGGCUGCGUUUGCAUCAGCAGCGAGCCCCAGACUCCACAGAGGUAGCCAGGGCUAUCACAGCCAGGAUUAAUUCCAGACUAACAUCUCAUGGUAUAAUUUAA